AUGCGGACUGCUCAGUCGGUGUGCCAACACGCAGCGCUUCUGCGGGCCACCUUGAGAGCAGCACCAGCGAUCCCGCCUCUCCUUCGCCGCCAUCGCCUUCAGACUCUUCCCGUUCGGUCGCGAUGGAAUCGCGACUACACCUCAAGACCGUCCAGUGAAAGUGUGCAUCAGUCACCGGCGCAGGAGGACAUGCUUGUUCGCAUGUUGAUACAGGAUGCCUUUCACCCCGCAUCUACAUCGUCGCUCGCUAAGAGCUGCGAUGAUGUGGCGGGCAGCGACGAACAAGCGCACAGCACAGCUGCCGGCACGGAGAGCAGAAGCUGCCACCCGUCACAAUGCGAGACUCCUGCCACCGAAGGAGGCGCCGGCGGCACACUCGCCAUGGAGGUGCAGGCUCUGGGCAGCUGGCGUCCGCAAACGGCUCCUGUAGUGGCGCCUCGUUCAGAAAUGUCAACACACAUACAAGAGGGUCUCGGGGGCCGAGAGGCUUCCGGGUUGCCUGUGCGGGUCGACGCAGCAGCCGCAUCUGUCACCGAUUCACGGGCACAAAAUGCAGCGGCGGAGCCGUUUGCCACCAUCCGUCAAAGGGCGCGCGGCGAUGACAUGCUGUGUGUGCUGGAGUGGUUAUGUUCUGCCUGCCACACCUACAACCCACUGAUCUCGUCUUUGGCGACGUGCCGCAAGUGUGAGGCGUCAGCGGUGACGUCGUACCGGUCUGCGUUCCCGCCAUUGCGCCACGUCGCCGUCGUGCCCACUGCGUGGGUAUGCCAGAAUUGCUCCCACACCAAUUGUCAAACCGGCGCUUCCGCGCAGCCAAACAAGGACCGAGCCGGUGGCGCCAGGGCGCAGCGGGAAAAGUUCAUUUGUGUCCAGUGCCGCACGCCUUUUGGCGGUGUCCAGGAUUGGGUGUGCCCGGCCUGCGACUGUUUCUGCCCUCGGGCAGCGUCACAAUGCCCCUCAUGCUUCGCGGACCGCCCAUUGAUGUGGAUAUGCCAUUGCUGCGAACCAGGCCUGCAAAACAGCGUCUUUGCUGUGAAGUGCCGUGGCUGCGGUCAUGAACGACGGCAGAAAUACUCGAACUCUGUUGUGCGAUGCACGGCCUGUCACGGCUGGAAUGACGUCCGGUGGGAGCUAUGCGCCACCUGCAUGGCACCCAUGGAAUCGCUUCUGUUAGCGAGGGAGAAGAGUCCUGACGCGGAGGAGGGGACUAUGCCAACACCACCGCUUUCAGAGAGCGCACUUGGUAACACGAUGAACGUGGCACUUGUUCCUGACUCUGCAGGGAUGCUGCGUUCGAAGACCGUCGUCCAGGCGACCGAGCUUUUGGAAGCCGCCCGUACUUCAGGGACCGCAACGGCAGCGAGGCGGUUGCGCCAUGACACUGAAGAGCCCGCCGAGCUGUCGCCAUCGCUAUCAUCCUCACCGAUGCGCGAGGACGAGGAACGGCCUCGGGUGGCGGCGAAACUUCCCGACAACGCGUGGUGGUGCUUCACCUGCAACGUGGCGCACCGCCGCAACGUCAUGUUCUGCGACAUUUGCCUCGAAUCACACGAUGCCAUGCGGCUCAGGAGUAAGAAAGAGCUCGCUGCGAUGCGGGCCUCCGCCACCUCGCCAAGCACAGAGGUGACGUCGCCCGCCUUCUCCGGCGAUCCUGCGGCGCUCAAAGACGCAGGUGGUGUGAUGAUUAUGCCGGUGACUGCGGAAGGAGACUGGCAAUGCCCAUAUUGCAGGAAGCUGCUGUGCGUGACGCAGCACGAGUGCUGUGGGCACAGACGGGAGGUGCCGUAUGGGUACUGGUUGUGUGAUCACUGCUGCAGCACCAACCGCAACGACCGUAGUGUGUGCCUGGGGUGCAAUGAGCAACGGGAGAGUGUUUGUCCGUGGAGAUGCCACGAGUGCGAGUGGCGUAACGAGGCCGCCGACGCGGUGUGUUUGCAGUGCGGUCUGCCACGCACACCGUGCACGACGGCGGACAGAGGUACCUCUGUCUCGGACAACAGCGAGCCGAACACGAGCAUCGAAUGCGGUGUGUGCAGCGCCCCGAACCACUUUGAGAAGACGGCGUGUUACCGCUGCCGCGCUCGUCUGCGUGAUGUGGAGUGGAUGUGCGAUGCCUGCGGCCACGGCCACCGCACUCGAAACGCGUUGCGCUGCGAGGAGUGCCACGUGAUACGGCAAUUUGACCUACGGGGAGAGGUGUGGCUGUGCGACGUGUGCACAACACCCGUCUUUUCGGGCGGGGAAAUUCCUGUCCGCACGCACUGCCCCAAGUGCAACACACAACGGGCACCAACAGCGACGCAUUAUCCAUCCAGGUGGAAGUGCGAGUGUGGUCUUUUUAAUCGCUCGCGUGUGACGGAGUGCCACGAGUGCGGUGCACGGCGACGCCUCGAAUCACUUUGCACAACGGCGACGUGUCCGAGGUGCUUUCGUGAUACGCCGAUAGACGUCCAGGAGAGGUGCACGCAUUGCAGUGCAUCCUUGGCAGACUGCUUCUCGAGAUGGGAGAGCAACAUCACCGUCUUGGCGGACACUCCUGAGUUGGCAGAUGUGUGCGAUGAGUCAGAAGCAGAUGCAGUUUCUGACGACGGCGAUGACGACGUCGUCACGGCCUAG